UCCUGCCUACUCACCGAGAUUAGAGAGACUGCACUACCCUGGUCCUAUUCUUCUGCUGACCGUAGACCUUUGUAGCAGCUGCUGAGCCACCAUGAUUCCUAGGCUUCUUUCCCUUCUCUGCCUCUGGCUGUGUGUUGGGCAAACAGACAUUCCUGGCAAUGGGCCCCCUCCCAAGCCCAGCCUCAGCGCUUGGCCCAGUUCAGUGAUUCCCACCAAAAGCAGUGUAACAAUGCAAUGUAAGAGCCCCACCCCAAGUGAAUUCUUCAUCCUCAAAAAGGAAGGGCUUGUUUUUGAUUCUAAGAAGCCAAAUGAUUUGACAGCGAUGACUGAGUUUCAUAUCCCUGAGCUACAACAGAAUGAUGGAGGACACUACACCUGUGAAUCCUAUCGCAAUGGCAUAUCAUCACAGCCCAGUGAUGCCCUUCUCCUAUUGGUCACAGGGUACUUGCCUAAACCUUCCCUCCAAGCCUACCACUGGGGCACAGUGGCUGCGGGAAGCAGGGUGACGCUGCAGUGCCAGAAGGCAGGCCGUGUGCUCGGACCCAUGAGCUUUGCCUUGCUGAAGGAGGGACGCUCAUCUCCUGUGCAGACGAGGAGCUCCGUGGGAACGGUGCUAGACUUCUCUCUUCAGAAUGUGACAGCCAGAGACUCGGGGAAAUACAGCUGUGUGUACUACCAGCCAAAGGCUCGCUAUCGGGCCUCAGCCCCCAGCAAUCCCCUUGAGAUCUCCGUGACAGAGUCAUCAGAUACCAUGACAGAAGGCUACACACCCCCAGACUCCUUGACAGAAGGCUAUGUCAUGGGUAACCUCAUUCGACUUGGACUGGCUGCUGUAAUUGUGCUAAUAAUGGGAGGCUUUCUGGUUGAAGCCUGGCAUAGUCAGAGGCUGUCUCCAAAUAGACCCUGGUAAAAUAAUUGAACAUUCCUUUUUUAAAAUGGUCUCUUGUGUAAUUAUUAGGGUUUUCUUCAUCCCGGGUUGAUAGAGGUAUAAUUGACAGAUACAAGUUGAAUUGAAUUUACUAUGUACAAAGCAAUAUAUUGGCAUAUUUAAUUAUAAAAAGUAAUGUGUAUGUGUAUUUUGCCUGAAUGUAUGUCUGUGUAGCAAAUGUAUGUCUGUACCAUGUGCAUGUCUGAUGCCUGAAGAGGCUAGAAGAGGGUAUUGAAAUCCUUGGAACUGAAGUUCCAAAGCAUAAAUGGUUGUGAGCAACCAUAUGGACGCUGGAAAUUGAACCAAGAUCAAGCAAGAGCACCCAGUACUUUUAAUCACUGAGCCAUCCUUCCAGUCCCAACAUAUUUAAUUUUCAUGUGUCAAUUAUACUCCAAUCACCCUAGGAAAAAAAGUAAGUAAUCAAUUAUGUGCUGAAUAAGAAGUUUCACUAGUCAUGAAAUGGCCUCCACAAAGUAGCUAUCAAAUCUGCCCACCAAUUCAGACCUACAUUUGGGGAAAUUUUUAAUUAUCCAAUUCAGCCAUAGUUACUUAUAGUAACUAUGUCCUACCCUAAAUCAAUAUAGGUUCAUCUAAAAUCCAGGUCCCCCACAGUGGUGUCUCAGGUUUCUCCACACAGGCACACAGGAAAAUUCCUUUCACCAAAGGGUAGGGAUAAUAAGAAGGGCUACAGAGGUGACUCAGAUGUUAAGAGCACUUGGUGCUCUUACAGUGGACAGAGUUUUGUUCCAGAGUAUCCAGCGCCCUCUUCUGACUCUGAAAGCACCUGGCACACAAAUAGUGCACAUUAGUAUACAUGCAGGUAAAAACUCAUGCACAUAAAAUAAAGUGAUAAAUAUCAAAUAAUGAAAAAAGUGAUCCAGGAGUGGAGCUCGGUGGAUGGAGUGCUUGUCCAUCAUUUAUUCCUUAGAAGUUAUUUUAUGUUUAUGGGUGUUUUGCUGGCAUUUUUUUCUGUGCACCGUGUGCAUGAAGUGCCCAAGGAGCUGAGAAGAAGACCAUGGAUUCCCUGGAACUGGAGUUACAGAUGUCAGUCAUGAAGUCCAGUACUUGGUACUCAGCUCUGCAUAAACAAUUUAUGGUGUACACCUGUAAUCCCAGCAUUUGGGAGUCAGGAGUUCAAAGUCAUCCUUGGCUACAUAACAAGUUUGAGGACAUCUUGACCAUGAGACUCUGUCUCAACACCCUUCCUGCAAAUGAAGCAUUUAGAAAGGACAUUUGAACAUCUCCAGAUGGGAAGGGUGGGAAAUGGGUGUGGGUGGGAAUCUCCCAAAUUUAGCGGU